UAUGUUUGCACUGUUUGCAGUUCGCACUGUUGACGACGGUACUUGUAUUGCUGUGUUAAGUUUAUAACAUUAUAACAUAGCAUAGGUAAAUGAUAAACCGUUCGAGAAAACAGAAAACGACGCGUAUCGCCGUAUCAUCACAGUUCCAAUAUAAUUAUUCGAUUCUAGCUGGUUUGAACUCUGAAGGUGAUUGACGCUACGCUGGACACCGCUCGUUUUAUUAAACGGCCAGCCUGGUCUACGUCGAAAACGUCCCGAUGUCCGCUGACAUAUUCGACCUGAGGUAAACAGCACGGUCCCAUAAUGGUUAUUUCCCAUGCCAAAUAAAUUAUGUUUAAUUCAGAAUUCUUGUGAUAUUAUGGUCAAUGAUACAGAUUAUCAACAAUUAAAUAUCAACGCAGAUACAAUGUUAGACAAUGAUUACGAACCUGGUAAUUUAUUUUUAAAUUUUAUAUACACCAACAGCAAUGUUUUGGUAAAUGAACAAGAAGGAAAUAAUUUUGAUAACUACGAAAACAAUGAAGAAGUGCAAGAAAUUUAUGAAAGUGAUAUUAAUAUUGAGCAACCUAACAACAUUUGGGACGAUAAUUCAAUCCGUUACUUAAUUUACUGUUGGAGUAAAUUGAGAGAUCAGUUUGCAAAUUGUCCAGAUAAAAAGAAGGAAACACUAUGGCAACAUGUAUCAGAGCGUUUGGUAGAUCAUGGUUUUUAUUUUGAUGCACAGGCGUGUGACAUUAAAUGGCGCAGUCUUAAAAAAGUUUACAUGUACAAUAAAACCCGUAAUUGUAAAAAAGAUGGAAAUAAACACCAAGUUACUUGGAACCAUUAUUCUGAAAUGGAUAAGGCUAUUAAAGGAAUUCCUUAUGAUAUUUCAGAUAUCGAAAAUGAUGAUGACGAUGUUGAUAACAAUGGUGAAAAUGAAGAUGAUGACGACUCAACAAGAGAAAAUGUAGAUAACAUUGGGGAAUAUGAAAAUGCUGAUUCAACUAGAAGUUAUGUUGAUAAAUGUCAAUGGACAGUUGAUUCAACUAGGGAAUUGAUUCGAUUGUAUGGUAAAGACAGGAAGAAAUUUUCAGCUGUCAAUCAAGGAGGAAAACAUAUGUUGUGGGAAGAUAUUGCACAUCAGUUUUCACAGUUAGGAUAUCAAUAUUCAGCUAAUAAUUGUAACGACAAAUGGCGUAAUUUAAAGAUGACCUAUAAAAAGAAUAAGCAAAGGGCUAUUAAAUAUGGAAUAGAAUAUGUUAAAUGGUGUUAUUUUAAAGAUAUGGACAAUAUAUUUAAAAACACUCCAGAAGAAUCUUCCGAACUUAAUGAUAUGAUUACAGUAUCUUUAAUCGAUGAUGAACUCGUUGAUAUUAAAAAAGAAAAUGAAGAUUAUGAAAACUUAAAUGUUGUUGAAACUAAUGAAAUUAACGAGGAGGAACCUAAUGAAUCCCUUAAUGCUAGCACAUCAGAUAUAUGGACUGAACAAGCAACUAAAUGUUUGAUUGAGUUAUGGGGUCUUUACCGUCCACGAUUCUUGUUGGCUGCACAAGGCAAAAAACGUUUACUUUGGAAUGAAAUUAGUAAUCAGUUACGCCAAAAUGGCCACAACUAUUCUGGUCUAGUAUGUGAUCGUAAAUGGCGUCUCUUAAAAGCAAAUUAUGUAAAAAGAAGAGAAAAAUAUAAAAAACUGGGAGUGAACAGUGUAAAAUGGCAAUACUACCAUGAUUUAGACAGGUUACUUGGAGUGCCUGCUGAAAGUAUUUCCUGGAGUAUGGACUCGACUAUGUGUUUGAUAGAUUGCUUUGAUAACCACAAAGAAAAGUUUAUGAAUGCAGCAACUGGAGAAAAGCUCUUGAUAUGGAAACAAAUAUCAGAAGAAAUGUCUCAAAAUGGUUUCAAUUAUACUCCCAGAGCUUGUGACAACAAAUGGCGUACACUGAAAAAUCGUUAUAACAAAAAUAGAAUGCGAACAAACAGGAAUAAGAAAGUAAUUUGGGUGUACUACAAUAAAAUUGAUUCUGUACUUAGAGAAAUUAAUAAAAAAGGUUUGAAAGAUGAAUUUGAUAAUGGUGACGAAAAUAAUCAAACAAAUGAAGUUAAUGAAUUAGAUGAACAUAAUUACAUCAGAACAUCCAAACCAAGUUGUUCCAAUAAAACAAAUUCCAUCUCUGAACUACAGACAAUGUUUAGGUUGAGAAAUAAGGAAUUUGACCAAAGGUUGAAGGAAAUGGAGGAUAAUCUUAACAGCAGAGAAAAAGUAUUUGAAGGACUUCAAUUGCAGAUGUUAGAAGCUCUUAAAAAGUCAAAUGAAUUAGAAACACACAAGUUAAAACUGUUGGAACAAUUAGUUUCAAGAUUACCACCCCGCGACUCUUAGUUCAUAAAUGUACAUAUAAAUCAAGAAUAUUAUCAUAAUAUUUUUUCUGUGUAUAAAUAUUAAUCUUUAAUUAGUAAUUACAAUUCUAUCAUAAUUCAAUGCUUA